CGAAGUUGUUGUAAUCACCCCAAGUCAAACAAAAAGAGUCUCAGAGGCAAAGGGAAAAGGGCCACAACCCUAAGAACGGUACAAUGACGAACGAGAAAACUCCUCCCGCUGAAGAUAUUCAGAUGUAUAAAAGGCACAGGAAGUAGUGCGUAAGACUUAAAGCAUCGAUGUCAACCUCGAGUCUUGUGAAGUUUUAAGCUCAGGGUAAAAAAUGAAUGCCAAGCCUGAUGUGAUUCGAAAAUGUUUCUGGCCUAUUUGCCUAGUGGGUCUGUUCCUCACCAGCGUACUCUCUCAGAGCUGUGACUUGCUGUAUGUUCACCUGAAUAGAGUCACUUGGCAAAAUCUGAAACUUCUGAGCCAUAUGAGCAAUCCAUUUCCUGUAGAAUGUCUAAAAGAAAAGAAAGCCUUUGAGUUGCCCCAAGAGAUCCUAUCACACACCCAGCCUGUGAAAAGGCACAUCGAGGAGGCCUUCUAUGAAAUAUCCUCACAGGUCUUCAACAUCUUCAGUCAACACGCCUGCAAGUCGGCUUGGGAUGAGAAACACCUGAAACAAAUUCAAAUCGGACUUCAUCAGCAAGUGGAGUACCUGGAACGAUGCUUGGAGGAAGAAGAAAAAGAAAGUGAAGACAUGAAACAGAUGGAAGAGAAGAUCAGUGGCUCAGGAGAUAGGGAGACCCUGCUGAACAACUUGAAACUGAGGAGAUAUUUCAACAGGUUGGGCAAUUUCCUGAAAGAUAAAAAAUACAGUCAGUGUGCCUGGGAGAUCGUUCUAGUGGAAAUCAGAAGAUGUGUCUUCUACUACUUUCAGAAAUUCACAACACUACUCAGGAAGAAAUAAGGUAUAUUUUUAGAAUUAAAAUUCCAUUUUCCUCCAACAUCUCCUCCUUUUCCAUUUCUUUUUAAGGAUUCUUGUGCUCUUCUCUAAACCUGCCUUCAGUUGGAUUGGUGAUGAUUUAUGUAAUGUUUUCUGUCUCUGGAGCUUGGCCUUCCAACAUCAGUCACAUUGACCUCUCUAAGGAGAGGUAAUGCCAACCCUCCCCUGGGUGAGCAAGAGUCUUGUUAGAAAGUCAUGAGAGUGUUUUUUGGUUUUUUU